GUUCUGGGAUAAUGUCAGCUCAGUUGACCACUGUCACUACAGACUUGACUAAGUAAGGGAGUGGAUUAUAUAAUAUUGUAUGUGUAAAUAGUACACUGGUAGAAGACUUAGUUGUAGAAAUUAAACAGCUGAUUCUGACUAUUCAACCAUUGCGUCACGUCAGCAUGUGGUUGUCCAGUUUGUGAAUAUGUACCCGGCUCGACCGAUCAGACAGAAUAUUCGCAAUUCACGUUGAUUGCAGGGAACAACGUCCAAAGACAAAAUGACAGUAUUUAUUGACAAGAUUCGAAUGUCCACAUGAUAUUACAUGUGGAAUAAAUUGGAAGAGAAUGGCGGACUCUGGAACAUCUGCUGAUUCAAUUAGUGAUGAUGCUAUGGAGAAUGAGUGGACGUUUUUGGAUAUUCCAUGGGAAGAUGUGGUUUUUAAAUACAUCAUGCCUUGCCUGCCUCUCCAGACAAAGUUCCAGCUGAGGAGGGUGUCCAAGCAAUGUUUGGAGAUGGUCACCUUGUACUUCAGCAUUAGCCAUACAGUAAACACCUGUCGCAUCGCCAACAAGAUGACAGCAGGCGCUUUCUCCAUAAUGACCAAAAAUAACACAAGUCUUCAAGACCUUGUUUUACGUAACUCUAAAGAUUGGCUCAGUGAUGCUGUACUGAUGCCAGUCCUGAAACAAAGUUCCCGCCUUCAGCGACUGGAUAUUUCCAAUUGCACUGUCAUGACAAAUACAUCUCUGCAAGUGUUAGGAGUCAAUUGCCAGAAUGUGAAGAGGUUGUCUCUCAGUGAAUGUCACUGGGUCAGUGCGGACGGGUUGACGGUUCUUGCCAUGCAGUGUGUGAACUUGGAGAGUCUGGAUCUGACCGGAUGUUGGGGGGUUAAUGAUGAAGCUAUCACACUUAUUGCCAUGCAGUGUAAGAAGUUGCAGUAUUUAUCCCUGGCAAAAAUAUAUGGACUAACAGACUAUGCAAUGUCAAUUUUGGCAAGAGAGGUGACUUCUCUACGACACCUCAACAUCAGAGGAUGCUGGAGACUCUCUGACGACUCUAUUGGGAUUCUAGCAGAAUAUGCCAGAAAUCUGAAAGCUUUAGAGGCUCGUGAAUGUCGCGAUAUUACGGAGAACAGUCUGUAUAGACUCCGUCAAAGAGGAGUGAAAAUCGAUGUCCGACCGCCACAACCUCCCCGGUCACUGGCAGGGAUUCGACAGAGGAAAACGUGGUUAAACGUGCAAAUAUAGAACAGCUCAAUUUCUGUAUUACUGUAGAUGCAUGUGUUAAAUGUACAAGUUUUUGUGUUUUCUUGGAGUUGAGUGGACAUUAACACGAAUCUGAAAGCUUUGGAGCUGCAUACCAUUAGAUACAUUACUGUUACAGAAAGCACUAGUCUGAUAAUGGCGUGAAAAUUGACAGGAGAUCGAUAUUUUUACUGGGAUUGGAAUACAUGUAAUAAGUCUUUUAGGACUGGCAUACCGGUGUAAGCUAUGGAAAAUUUACUGCAACGUACAUGUAGUUCAGAAAGUAUCAUUUUUUUUUUUUUUUUUUUUAUAUUUUCAUCAUUUAUUAAAAAGUAUACAUACUAUUUGGGAUAAAAUAUCCUCGGAUCAGUUGAUACAUGUUUACAACCGAAAAGUAAUACGGACAGUCGCUAUAUCGAGCGAAGGGAGAGGUUUGAUUUUAAUCAGACUGUUGUGCUCCAGUAAAUGUAAACGAAUACUUUUUCAUCCUAUAGUUACAUGACAAGGUCAGACUUAUUUUCCACCAUUAUAAUACUGGAAUUUAAAACAAACAAGCACAUUGAACAAUAAAAAACUAUAUGAGCUGUAGAUUAAAUUAUGUGCAAGUGUACAUCAGCAUCUUUUCCAACCUUAGCAACAUAUAAAUAUUCAAUUCAAUUCUUGAUUGGCACUAAAGCACAUUAUAUAAGAAUGUGUUGUUAGCCAUACAUAGAUACACAUAUAUAUUGAUACAUUACAAAAUAUCAAACUGUUGAAAACUUAUUUCUAACAUAAUAAAUUAGUUAAUUUAAAAAAAAGGACUGAGUACAAAUAUGCAGAGUGUUACCAUUCCAUUCCAUACACAAAUAUAAGACACAAAUUCAAGGCACAAAAACAAUAAUUUCUAGUGCAGAAUGACUUUUACUGUCUACAGUUUUUCAUUCAAAACUCUUGGGUAGCAGACUCCGCAGAGUAAGAAAUUGUUUGUAGCACACUCUAUAGACAGUGAUAAAUUGGUUGUUGAAGUGUUUUUUUUAAUAUUUCCACUUCCUGUCAAAUUUAUGUGUUGCCUAUAAGGUACAUACAUAUGUAGUAAUUUCAUUAAAUGCUCUUUCAGUAAACUAGUAAGGUCUUGACAAAGUAAAAAUUACGUGUGUUUUGAAAACUAAACAUAGAAUUUCUACUGUGUAUAUACUGGAAACAAAGGUGCUAAAAAGAUUGACUGUUAAUUUGAUGUAAAAAUAUCUUGUUGUAAAUUUUGUUGUAGAUCUUAUUUACUUGUAGUGUAUUGGGUUGAGCAGGAUUACUGUAUUGAUAUAACACAUAAACAGAACAUUUCAAAAGAGUUCCACCAAUAGGGGAAUAACACAGUUCAUUAUUGUUACCAUAAAAAUUGUCUCAUAUUGUUUUAUGCGAGUAAAGCAGAAUCAUCUUUAAAAUAGAUAUAUUAUGAAAAAAAUGAUGUGUUGGUACAUUUGUGUAAUAGAUCAUGGCUUUAUGAUGAACUGUUUCUACGUUACAGUGUAUAUCCAAAUAUAUUUAUGUACAUUAUCUCAAUGUUACAUCUUACUAUUAUGAUAUCCCAUCUCAUAGGUCAUAUUUUCAAAAAAAAAUUGUAUGCCCGGCCCUCGAUCAUCCUUAAACUCUUGGUAUGAAAUGCCAGAACCUCAUUUGUCUUUGUGAAAUCCCCCGUUCUGUUAGUCUAUGGCCAGUGUAGAUGACAACCUUUUAACUUCUUGAGGUCAAAUUUUUAGUGGUUUAAAAAAAAAAUAACAUGUCUGUGGGUUGUAGAUUAUUAUUUUACAUGAAUUUUGAUGAAUUUCCUAGCUGGUAUGUCUAUAAUCAUGAAAAUAUAUCCUUGAUAUUACAGCCUGUGAACUAUAAUUAACAGCAGUCGUGUAAAAAUUAUGUGAUACCUCAGCCUGUAAUUUAUAAUUAACAGCAGUUAUGUAAAACUAUAGGAUCUACGAGGGUUGUUCCAAAAACUCAGAGAUUGUUAAUAACUCAUUUAUUUGUUGGAAAAAACCAAAAUUUUCUUUCGUUAUUGAAAAGCAUAAUUUUGUGGAUUUUUUUGUACAAAGUUUCAUAAUAUCUCUUUUCAUAAUGACGUAGAACACAAAUAAACUAGAUGUGUCAGCACGAUACGAAUGCCCCUGUCUGCAGUAAAGUCAAAUGUAGGAAAUCCAUUGAAGUGUAGUAUUGAAUGUGGUAUGCAGAUUGUAUGUUACACACAUUUAGUACAAUGAAGAACUCAACAACAAUAAUCCUUUAUUCUAACAACCAUAAAAUAAAUACAUUAAUUUUUAUUAUGUUAAGGGGGCACAACUCCAUAUAAAUUAAUGAACAGGAACAAAACUCAUAUUCGAUCUGUAACUCAUCAAGAAACAUCUGCAUGCAAAACAUCAGUUCAAUAUCUCAAGGCAUUAGAAAAAUGUUCGGAAACAGGUCGCAACAGUAAUUUUUCCAAGUUAAAGGGGACCAACUCCAUAAAAAGUUAAUGAACCAGAACAAAACCCGAACUCCAUCUGUAACUCAUCAAUAUACACCUGCACACGAAAAA